CUUCCUGUGAAAACGAAUUUUCAGUUUCGCUAUGAUUGUCACUUCAAGAAUUUUGCAUGUCUUGGUAGGGCAAACUCUGCAAAUUUUGUAGAUUGUUCUUUUUAACUAAGUUGAUUAUGUAAUUGGCUCUUGCUUUAUAGAAUUGUUAGUUUAUAUUUUCAAUACUAAUAUACUGUAGCCUUCACCCUUCUCCAUGUGGAUUCAUGAGCUAAAAAGUUGUUUUGAAGGUCUGAGUAUAAUUCAAGUAAACAUGGUUGUUUUAAAUUGCAGUUGCGGUCUCAAUUUCAUCACAAUCCUUGAUUUUGCGAUAAAUUGUGAACAAAUGUGACCGUAUUAGCUGUAAUUGCAGCCGCGGUGACCCUAAAAACCUUGAGGAAAUGGGUGAACUAUAUCACUCACACGCUCCAUUAGACAUUAAUUCUAGUGGGAGUGAGGAAAACUUGAUCUCUCAUUCACCAGAAGAAAUUAAGCUUGAACCCAUUAGUUUUGAUGAAAAUGAUGCUUGUCCUGUGCCACGGCCUGGAAUGGUAUUUAGUUCAGAGGCUGAGGCGAGAUUUUACUACACCAAAUAUGCCCACCAAAUGGGCUUCGGCAUCAUGACUAGAACCUCAAAGAAGGGACAUGAUGGCAAAGUUAAAUAUUUAAUACUUGUAUGCUCUGAAAUAACAAGAAGUGAUGCAUUAAGGAAACAAUAUUGUGCAGCUAGGAUCAAUUUGACUUUACGUAAAGAUGGAACCUACCGAAUUAAUGCAGCUACUCUUGGUCAUAGUCAUGAAUUGGGUUCACAUCAUCUACUCUCAAGUGAUAUUGAGAUGAGGGGUAAAAGGACAUUGGAUCAAGAAGUUAUUGACAUGGGUGUUAACAGGAUAUCAUACAAAAAUGAAUGCAGAAACCACCUUCAGAAAGAAAGACAUUUGAUUGGGGAGAAUGGAGAUGGUGAAGCCCUUCAGAAGUAUUUGGUGAGGAUGCAAGAACAGGAUGGGAACUUCUUCUAUGCAAUUGACUUGGAUGAUUUCUUCCGUGUGAGGAAUGUUUUUUGGGCAGAUGGAAGGAGUAGAGCUGCAUAUGAAUCGUUUGGUGAUGUGGUGACAGUUGAUACUACAUGUCUUUCUAAUCGCUACAAAGUGCCACUUGUAACUUUUGUUGGAGUUAACCAUCAUGGGCAAUCUGUACUGUUUGGUUGUGGGCUGUUAUCAUGUGAAGACUCAGAGUCAUUUACUUGGCUGUUUCAAUCAUUGUUGCAUUGCAUGUCUGGUGUGCCCCCACAAGGAAUCAUAACAGAUCAUUGCUGCAAGGCAAUGCAGAAGGCAGUUGAAACUGUAUACCCCUCCACUCGACAUCGGUGGUGCUUAUCAAAUAUAAUGGAAAAACUUCCCCAACUAAUCCAUGGACAUGCUAAUUAUAAGUCCUUAAGAAAUCGUUUGAAGAAUGUUGUAUAUGAUGCACCCACAACAAGUGAAUUUGAGGGGAAAUGGAAGAAGAUUGUGGAGGAUUUUGACCUCAAGGACAAUAAAUGGUUGAAGGAGUUGUUCCUCGAGCGACAUUGCUGGGCUCCUUCCUUUGUAAGAGGUGAGUUUUGGGCUGGAAUGUCUAUUAAUCCACACAGUGAAAGCAUGCAUGCAUUUUUUGAUGGAUAUGUAAGCCGGCAAACAACUCUGAAGCAAUUUGUUGAUCAGUACGAUCAUGCUUUGCAAUAUAAGGCUGAGAAGGAGUAUAUAGCUGACAUACAUUCAUCUAAUAACAGUCAGGCUUGUGUUACCAAAUCUCCAAUUGAGAGGCAGUUUCAAUCUGCAUACACUCAUGCCAAGUUUCUGGAGGUUCAACACGAGUUUGUUGGAAAGGCAGAUUGUAAUGUUUCUGUUGCCUCUGAUGAUGGUUCUGUUUGUUGCUAUAAUGUCAUUGAGGAUGUGAUAAUAGAGGAUAAACCUAAGGAAUCCGUGGUUGAAGUAAUAUAUAACAGGGUAGAUUGUGAUGUAAAAUGCAGUUGUCGCUUGUUUGAGUUCAGAGGUAUACUUUGUAGGCACUCACUUGCUGUACUGUCACAAGAGAGAGUGAAGGAGGUCCCCUGUAAAUAUAUUUUGGAUAGGUGGAGGAAAAAUAUUCGGAGGAAGUAUGCUUAUACCAAAACUAGCUAUGGUGUUCAGCAUUUUGAACCUCAUGGACAGAGGCUUGAACUGUUAUGCAAUCAAUUCAACAGUAUUGCUGCUGUUGCUGCAGAAUUUGAGGAUACAAGUUCUUUUGUGAAGGAUAACCUAUGUAACUUAAAGGAGAAACUUGAAACAUGGACAACCUUAUUGAGGAAGUCAUCUCAGGUGGAUGUAGAGAAAAGUAAUUAUAUGAUAGAUUGAAAUGAAGUUUUGUAGGAUAAAAUCUUGUUUUAACUCAUGUAAAUAUGAUUAACUUUGAUUUUAAUCUGUAAAAAAGUUUCUGUAAAA